UCCUUCACUCUUGUUACUCAACCAAUUAAUUAAUACACAAGAAACAUCUAUUUCCUCUCAAUUUCCCUCUAAAGCUACACUUCUAAGUUCUAUUAAUCAAUUUCAAGAAUCACUAAUACUCAAGAUGAGUUCAUCAAGCAGAGCAUUGACAGCUGCAGGAAGUGUUGGAGUUGUUGAAGCAUUGAAAGAUCAAGGUAUUUGCAGAUGGAAUCAUGCCAUAAAGUCUCUUCAAAAUCAUCUUAAAAAUAAUGUCAGAUCAUUUUCUCAAGCAAACAAGCUUUCAUCAUCCUCUUCUUCUUCUGCUAUGGUUUCUAAUUCUAACAGACAAAAACAGAAUGCAAAGCAAUCAGAGGAAUCUUUGAGAACUGUUAUGUACUUGAGUUGUUGGGGUCCCAACUAAUUAGUGGAGACCAUCGAUAGAACCAAUUUUUAACAUUGUUCUUUGAUUCUUCUCUUGUCUCCACUAACAACAAUGAAGUUAGAUUAAGGUGUAAUUAAUAGUAGUAUUAAUUAUAUGAUUGGAGAUAUCUUUCUCUUCUAACAAAGCUUGGGUUACUCCAUGUAUUGUGCAAUACUUUCUAUAUUCAAGUUUCAACCAUUGAAAGAGAUUGAUGUAGAUAAUUAUGAUUACGAUGAAUGAAGAUAGCAGUAUUCAAUUUCUCCCAA